AUGAGUGGCUAUCCUCCGUACGGAAAUCAAGGUGGUGGUUAUCCACCUCAAUAUGGUGGAGGUAAUAGUGGCUAUCCGAAUUAUCCACAAGAUAAUAGUUUUCAACAACAACCACCAAUGCCUGGCUAUAACGAUAGUCAAUCAUGUGCUUCUCUCUAUGGUACCACCGCUGCUCCUUCCAAUAAUAUGAAUUAUCCACCAGCACCCUAUGAUUCCUAUGGUGGAAAUCAAAUGUCGAAUCCAUCGUAUGGUAUGGGAGGUGGAAAUAAUUAUCCACCACCACCUGGAGGACAACCACCUCCAUCAAUGUAUGGUCAACCUCCACAACAAUUUGGAGGAUAUGGUAAUUCACAGUAUCAACAGCCUUACCCUCAACAACCUCCACCACCGCAGCAGUUUGGAGGAUAUGGCAAUGCACCAGUUCAACCGGCUUAUCCUCAACAACCUGGACCACCUCCGCCAGGUGGAAUGUAUCCAAACAUACCAGGACCAUCUGACUUUGGUCAAGGAGGAAUGCCACCUUUUUCAUAUCAACAACCUGGACCACCCCCACAAGAGCAACAAUCGGUCUUUCUUGCUAGUUUAGAAAAUUACCAAGGAACAGUUUUUCCAUUUCCAACAUUUAAUGCUGAAGCUGACUGUCAAGGACUUCGCCAUGCUAUGCAAGGAGCAGGUACUAAUGAACGCGUUCUUAUUGAUGUUGUUGCGAAUCGAUCAAACUUUCAACGUCAACAUAUAAAACUUACCUACAAAACGAUGUUUGGCACUGAUUUAGUUAAACAACUCGGUGGCGAAUUAAGUGGUGAGUUCAAAGAAGUUAUCAGUGCUUUAUUUGAUGCACCUGCCACUUAUGAAGCAUGGUCAUUACAUAAAGCUAUGAGUUCUGGAAAAGAAGGAACUUUACGAGAAAUUUUGCUUACUAGAACGAAUGCUGAAAUUCGUGCCAUUGUUGAUACAUUCAAACGAACUUAUAACAAAGAUCUCGAACAUGAAAUUAGUCAUCGUGUACGAGGCGCCGACUUUAAACGUAUGCUGAUUUCUGCUGUACAAGCUAAUCGUGAAGAACUAACUCCACAACAAAUUCAACAGGCCCGUCAAAUGGGCAUUGAAAGUGUGAUUGAUCGUAAUCGUGCCCGUCAAGAUGCAGAAGAUUUAUACAAAGCUGGCGCUGGUAAAUUUGGCACAGAUGAAAAAACAUUUAAUGCAAUAUUUGCUCGACGUAGUUAUUAUCAACUUCGUGCUACAUUUGAAGAAUAUCAAAGAAAACAUGGAAAAGAUAUUGCACAAGUUAUACGAUCGGAAUUUUCUGGCGAUGCACAAGAUGCUUAUCUGGUUCUAAUAUCAUGCAUACGUGACCGACCCACAUUUUUUGCUGAACGCAUUCAUAAAGCUGUUUCUGGCUUAGGCACAAGAGACUCAACACUUAUACGUGUUAUUGUUACACGUUCUGAAAUCGAUCUUGCACAAAUUAAACAACGAUAUCAACAUCUGUAUAAUCGUUCAUUAGCUCAAGAUGUUGGAGGUGAUACAUCAGGAGAUUACAAACGUAUUCUUUUAUCAAUCGUUAAAUAA